AUGUGUUAUAGCAAAUCAGCGAAAACAGGUAAGAAGUGGGUUGACCUCGUUUUCGUAAUUUGGUCUUGUUGUCAAGGCGACUUAGUAGAACGCACCUCGUUCGUAGUACUCUCCCCACAUUCGCAUACGUUUCGCCGGCAUCGUAGUCGGCAUCAUCAUUCUCAAUUCUCCGCACCAAGCUACGAACUCGUCAAAGAGACAAAUGAAGUCAACUCCUCGACAAACGUUCUGCCGAAAACGGUUACACUAUCACUCCUCCUUCUGUCCUCGCUUAUCUAUACACUCUUUACCCUCUCAUCCCAUUUCCGCGCUAUCACAACUUAUCACUUGUUUACUUUCCACUCGUCAAGAGAUGCACCCUUUCAUGGCAAAGUUAAUGUGGCCUCAUCACACUUGCUAUUCACCCGACCCCCUCUCUUUCGAUCGGCUAAUCCGACUCGGGCCUACAAUCCGGAUCUCCCUUAUCUUCCCGAAGAUCCGUUCCUUAUCUUCCUGGUUGACCGAUUUCACUCGGUUCCAGUGCCAGUGUGCUUUUUACUCCAGGCGCUGUUUCUCAAGCCCUUAGAAGUACGUACAGUGUCGCCUCACCAAGCAAAACACCUAGGCUCUGGUUGCCAUGGUUGCAGAUAUCAGGCCUUCACUUCACGGAUCGUCUCCUUGAUUAAACCCAUGUUAUUUGAGCAAACUGUGGACACCUAUCUCUGGUCGCAUGCGGCAUCUUAA